AGCAGCAUCCCUUUGCCUCUCACAGGAGUACGAUCCCAGCAAAGCAACCUUCGUGAAGGUGGUCCCGACCCCCAACAAUGGCUCCACUGAGCUCGUGGCCCUGCACCGAGAUGAGGGUGAAGACGGGCAGGAGGUGCUGUCCUUCGAAUUCCAGAAGAUCAAGUAUUCCUAUGACGCCCAGGAGAAGAAGCGCUUCCUGCCCGUGGCCUUUCCUGUGGGAAACCCCUUCUCUUACUACCAGAGCAGCAGAGGGUUUCAGGAGGACUCGGAGAUCCGCGCAGCAGAGAAGAAGUUUGGGAGUAACAAGGCUGAGAUGGUGGUGCCUGACUUCUCAGAGCUGUUCAAGGAGAGAGCCACAGCACCUUUCUUUGUGUUCCAGGUGUUCUGCGUGGGGCUCUGGUGCCUGGAUGAGUACUGGUACUACAGCGUCUUCACGCUCUCCAUGCUGGUGGCCUUCGAGGCCUCCCUGGUGCAGCAGCAGAUGCGCAACAUGUCGGAGAUCCGGAAGAUGGGCAACAAGCCCCACACAAUCCAGGUCUACCGAAGCCGCAAGUGGAGGCCCAUCGCCAGCGACGACAUUGUUCCCGGGGACAUUGUCUCCAUUGGUCGCUCGCCACAGGAUAACCUGGUGCCGUGCGAUGUGCUGCUGCUUCGGGGCCGCUGCAUCGUGGACGAGGCCAUGCUCACAGGGGAGUCAGUGCCACAGAUGAAGGAGCCCAUUGAAGACCUCAGCCCCGACCGGGUGCUGGACCUGCAGGCCGACUCCCGGCUCCACGUCAUCUUCGGGGGCACCAAGGUGGUGCAGCACAUCCCCCCACAGAAGGCCACAACAGGCCUGAAGCCGGUUGACAGUGGGUGCGUGGCCUACGUCCUAAGGACUGGAUUCAACACAUCUCAGGGCAAGCUGCUGCGCACGAUCCUCUUUGGGGUCAAGAGAGUGACUGCAAACAACCUGGAGACCUUCGUCUUCAUCCUCUUUCUCCUUGUCUUUGCCAUCGCGGCAGCCGCCUACGUAUGGAUUGAAGGCACCAAGGAUCCCAGCCGGAACCGCUACAAGCUGUUUCUGGAAUGCACAUUGAUCCUCACAUCAGUCGUGCCCCCUGAGUUGCCCAUUGAGCUGUCUCUGGCUGUCAACACCUCCCUCAUCGCCCUGGCCAAGCUCUACAUGUACUGUACGGAGCCCUUCCGCAUUCCCUUUGCUGGCAAGGUGGAGGUGUGCUGCUUCGACAAGACAGGAACCUUGACCAGCGACAGCCUGGUAGUGCGCGGUGUGGCUGGGCUCAGAGAUGGAAAGGAGGUGACCCCCGUGUCCAACAUCCCUGUAGAAACACACCGAGCCCUGGCCUCAUGCCACUCCCUAAUGCAGCUGGAUGAUGGAACCUUGGUGGGUGACCCCCUGGAGAAGGCCAUGCUGACAGCCGUGGAUUGGACACUGACCAAAGAUGAGAAAGUAUUCCCCCGAAGUAUUAAAACUCAGGGGCUGAAAAUUCACCAGCGCUUUCAUUUUGCCAGUGCCCUAAAGCGAAUGUCCGUGCUCGCCUCCUACGAGAAGCUGGGCUCCACCGACCUCUGCUACAUCGCGGCUGUGAAGGGGGCCCCUGAAACCCUGCAUUCCAUGUUCUCCCAGUGCCCACCCAACUAUCAGCACAUCCACACGGAGAUUUCCCGGGAAGGAGCCCGCGUCCUGGCUCUGGGGUACAAGGAGCUGGGGCACCUCACCCACCAGCAGGCCCGGGAGGUCAAGCGGGAGGCGUUGGAGUGUAACCUCAAAUUCGUCGGCUUCAUUGUGGUCUCCUGCCCGCUCAAGGCUGAUUCCAAGGCUGUCAUCCGGGAGAUCCAGAAUGCCUCCCACCGGGUGGUCAUGAUCACUGGUGACAACCCACUCACUGCCUGCCACGUGGCCCAGGAGCUACACUUCAUUGAAAAGGCGCACACGCUGAUCCUGCAGCCUCCCACAGAGAAAGGUCGAUCCUGCGAGUGGUGCUCCAUCGACGGCAGUGUCGUGCUACCCCUGGCCCAAGGCUCCCCAAAGGCGCUGGCCCGGGAGCAUGCCCUGUGCCUCACGGGCGAUGGCUUGGCCCACCUGCAGGCCGAGGACCCCCAGCUGCUGCUGCGCCUCAUCCCCCAUGUGCAAGUGUUUGCCCGUGUGGCCCCCAAACAGAAGGAGUUUGUCAUCACCAGCCUGAAGGAGCUGGGCUACGUGACCCUCAUGUGUGGUGACGGCACCAAUGACGUGGGUGCCCUGAAGCACGCCGACGUGGGUGUGGCACUCCUGGCCAAUGCCCCAGAGCGGGUUGUCGAGCGGAAGCGGCGGCCCCGUGACAGCCCUGUCCUGAGCAACAGCGGUGUCAGGGCCACCUCCAGGGCAUCCAAGCAGAGGUUGGGGCUCCCACCCUCAGAGGAGCAGUCCACCUCCCAGAGGGACCGCCUGAGCCAGGUGCUGCGGGACCUCGAGGAUGAGAGCACACCCAUCGUGAAGCUGGGGGAUGCCAGCAUCGCGGCGCCCUUCACCUCCAAGCUCUCAUCCAUUCAGUGCAUCUGCCACGUGAUCAAGCAGGGCCGGUGCACACUCGUGACCACGCUGCAGAUGUUCAAGAUCCUGGCACUCAAUGCCCUCAUCCUGGCCUACAGUCAGAGUGUCCUCUACCUGGAGGGCGUCAAGUUCAGCGACUUCCAGGCCACACUACAGGGGCUGCUGCUGGCUGGCUGCUUCCUCUUCAUCUCCCGCUCCAAGCCCCUCAAGACCCUAUCCCGGGAGCGGCCCCUGCCCAACAUCUUCAACCUGUACACCAUCCUCACGGUCCUGCUCCAGUUCUGCGUGCACUUCCUAAGUCUUAUCUACCUAUACAGCGAGGCCCAGGCCCGAAGCCCUGAAAAGCAGGAACAGUUUGUGGACCUGUAUAAGGAGUUUGAGCCAACCCUGGUCAACAGCACUGUGUACAUCAUGGCCAUGGCCAUGCAAAUGGCCACCUUUGCCAUCAACUACAAGGGCCCGCCCUUCAUGGAGAGCCUGCCUGAGAACAAGCCUCUGGUGUGGAGCCUGGUGGUGUCACUCCUAGCUAUCGUGGGCUUGCUCCUCGGUUCCUCGCCUGACUUCAACAGCCAGUUUGGGCUUGUGGACAUCCCCGUGGAGUUCAAGCUGGUCAUCGCCCAGGUCCUGAUCCUUGACUUCUGCCUGGCACUCCUGGCCGACCGCGUCCUGCAGUUCUUCCUGGGGACCCCGAAGCUGAAAGUGCCUUCCUGAGACAGCAGUGCCAGCACCCACUGCCCACCCUGCUACCACCGGGCAGGGACCCCAUGUGGGCCCCAGGAGGGAACACUGCCCCCACGGCAAGGCCAGAGCAGCCUUGCCCAUUAAGACUGAGUUGGGGCCGCCCCUCUCACCCCCCCACAUGGCCAUCCUUGGGCCUGGCUGUCAGAACCAGCCCCCAGCCAGCACCUUUGGUAAAUAAAGCAGCAUCCACAAUUUUAAGAA